AGCUCUCCUGAGCUGGGGCUGCGCUCUUCUAAGUGGGACUCCGAGCCUGGGCUAUUUCUGGCUCUGGCAUGGCUCCAGGAAGGCAUCCGCAUUUGCGACCAGGGGCGGCUGUGGUGGAGACUGGCCUGUCCUCAGCGCCCAGCACCGCUGCUCCCGGCAAACUGGAGCAUGCACCGCAGGCCAGCGGCCGAGUUCGCCCAUCCCAGCCAUCACUUUUCCACCUAAUCCUUAGAGAAGGGAAGAUGAGCGAGUCGAGCUCAAAGUCCAGCCAGCCCUUGGCCUCCAAGCAGAAAAACGACGGCACUGAGAAGCGGGGCCGUGGCAGGCCGCGCAAGCAGCCUCUGAAGGAGCUCAGCGAAGUGCCAACACCUAAGAGACCUCGGGGCCGACCAAAGGGAAGCAAAAACAAGGGUGCUGCCAAGACCCGGAAAACCACCACAACUCCGGGAAGGAAACCAAGGGGAAGACCCAAAAAACUGGAGAAGGAGGAAGAGAAGGGCAUCUCGCAGGAGUCCUCACUGGAGCAGCAGCUUCCUUCUGGGACUGGACAGCUUUGAUCCGCUCCCAACACCCCCCCAC